AUGGGCAUUUGCAAUUCGACUUGUUGCGGAGGGCGGUCCCGCGAUGGACUCUACGAGCCGGUUCUUGCCGAUAGCGAGCGGGAAGCUGUCGCCGAUCUCCUCCUCUAUCUCGAAAACCGGGGAGAGACCGAUUUUUUCUCUGGCGAACCUUUAAGGGCACUGAGCACCCUGGUGUUUUCCGAGAAUAUAGACCUCCAGCGGAGUGCAAGCUUAACAUUCGCCGAAAUUACAGAACGAGAUGUCCGAGAGGUAGAUCGUGACACCCUCGAGCCCAUUCUCAUCCUACUCCAAAGCCCAGACAUCGAAGUUCAGAGGGCUGCCAGUGCUGCGCUUGGUAACCUGGCGGUGAACACCGAAAACAAAGUCCUCAUUGUUCAGCUCGGCGGACUUACCCCUCUUAUCCGUCAAAUGCUCUCACCCAACGUUGAAGUUCAGUGUAAUGCUGUAGGAUGCAUUACCAACCUAGCAACACACGAGGAGAACAAGGCCAAGAUUGCACGAUCAGGCGCCUUGGGCCCUCUUACCCGGCUCGCCAAGUCCCGUGAUAUGCGUGUCCAACGGAAUGCCACCGGUGCCCUGCUGAAUAUGACACAUUCUGAUGAAAACCGACAGCAACUCGUUAAUGCCGGUGCUAUUCCGGUUCUCGUGCAGCUUCUAUCCUCCCCCGAUGUUGAUGUUCAAUAUUACUGCACAACAGCUCUCAGCAACAUCGCUGUUGAUCUCAACAACAGACGGAAACUGGCCUCUUCGGAGCCCAAACUCGUUCAGGCGCUUGUGAAUCUCAUGGAUUCCUCAUCGCCCAAGGUGCAAUGCCAGGCUGCGUUGGCACUUCGCAACUUGGCAUCGGACGACAAGUAUCAGCUGGACAUCGUCCGGGCAAAUGGAUUGCCUCCCCUUCUUCGCCUUCUCCAGUCAUCAUACCUUCCUUUGAUUCUAUCGGCUGUUGCUUGUAUUCGCAACAUCUCGAUCCACCCUAUGAAUGAAUCCCCAAUUAUCGAGGCUAACUUUUUGAAGCCACUGGUGGACUUGCUGGGUUCCACAGAUAAUGAGGAGAUUCAAUGCCAUGCUAUUUCGACGUUGAGAAACCUGGCGGCCAGCUCAGACCGGAACAAGGCUCUUGUAUUGGAUGCGGGGGCUGUUCAAAAAUGCAAGCAGCUGGUUCUAGACGUCCCCGUGGCUGUCCAAUCCGAGAUGACAGCCGCCAUCGCCGUCCUGGCCCUGAGCGAUGACCUUAAGUCUCACCUAUUAAACCUUGGGGUCUGUGACGUUCUUAUUCCCCUGACUCACUCCAGAAGCAUUGAGGUUCAAGGUAAUAGUGCCGCCGCAUUGGGUAACCUGUCUUCAAAAGUUGGGGAUUACUCCAUCUUCGUACAAAACUGGAAUGAGCCUAACGAAGGAAUCCAUGGUUACCUGGGUCGAUUUUUGCAAUCUGGUGAUGCCACCUUCCAGCACAUCGCCGUCUGGACGCUCCUGCAGCUAUUCGAAUCUGAGGACAAGACUUUGAUUGGUCUCAUUGGGAAGGCCGACGAUAUCAUUGAACACAUCCGCACCAUUGCAAACAGACCAGUUGAACCUGAACCAGAAUCUGAGGAGGACGACGAAGGUGAGGUUGUCAAUCUCGCACAACGAUGCCUUGAGCUCCUGGGCCAGAGCGGUUCCAAGGCGCAUAUCGAGGCUUGA